UUCCUCAGGACGUCUGUUCCUUUUGUUCGGGGAGAUCUGCCAUCAUGCCUGAUCCGUCCAAGUCGGCUCCGGCCCCGAAGAAGGGCUCCAAGAAGGCCGUCACCAAGGCGCAGAAGAAGGACGGCAAGAAGCGCAAGCGCAGCCGCAAAGAGAGCUACUCCAUCUACGUGUACAAGGUGCUGAAGCAGGUGCACCCCGACACGGGCAUCUCGUCCAAGGCCAUGGGCAUCAUGAACUCGUUCGUCAACGACAUCUUCGAGCGCAUCGCCAGCGAGGCGUCUCGCCUGGCGCAUUACAACAAGCGCUCGACCAUCACGUCCCGCGAGGUGCAGACGGCCGUGCGCCUGCUGCUGCCCGGGGAGCUGGCCAAGCACGCCGUGUCCGAGGGCACCAAGGCGGUCACCAAGUACACCAGCUCCAAGUGAGGCGCGCCGGGCGCCCCGGAACCCAAAGGCUCUUUUCAGAGCCACCCACACAAUCGAAAAAGGGUUUCGAACACGGUGAAGGGUUGUCCUGUGAACCAAUUCCGUUCUGUGCGUCCCAGCGGUUUCCUGGUUAUCGGGUCUGUGUGUGCGCGCGCCUGUGCGUAUGUGAGCGGAAGGCAAGAAUGUGUAGCUGUUCUUUACGGAGGUCUGGGAUGGUGGCCGCCCCGGGUGCGACCAAGGAUCCCGUGUCCACCCUCCCCUUUGGGGCUAUUAAUGCAUUGCUAGUCGAAGUAGGAUCCUCGAGCUUUGCGUCCUCUGGUGGCUGCAGAGCGUAUCCCCGGCGUUUGCGCGCGUGGAUUCCCAGGGCCCGCACUGUCCGCGCGUGGCGUGCGCCUGUGGGUGAGGGGCGCGGGUCACCUCUUCCAGAAGGACCUCAUGCCAGCCUUCCUUCCCCGGUGUCCCUGAUGAAUGGACCCCGGAGGUGAGGACUUGGAUGUUGCGCAGCCCGGGCGGUGGUGCCUGGAGCUGCAUCCCUGCCUGGACCGGACGUCUUUAUUCUCAAGCAGGGGACAUUUCCGGGAGGAUGUUUGCGUGGCUGGAUCUUGCAGCGGCAUUGAAACCGAGAGGGAGACGGCAGCGUCCUGUGCGCGGGAGCCAGAUGUAAUAAGACGCUUCUUGCUGCGGGUAGCUUUAACUUACGUGGGGAUGGGGGAGAUCAGCUCAAGACAAUAAUUCCCUUUCUCUGUAAUUCCCCCUUUUCAGAGCAAAUUAGCUCCCUCCCCUUUCAGCCACACUGUUGUUAUUUUCUGUGAAGCGUCAGUGACGCAGAAUUCCCCCUCUCUUUGGAUUUAUGACAUUUAAUUUGGAAAGUGUCCUUUUGGUCAGAGAAAGCGCUUUGGCACGAAAAGUCUUCACUUGGGAAAAGACAUCGCUUUGCCUUUCCCUUCGCUUGGCUCUUCUUAUUUGUAAAUAAGGGAUUCUUAAUCGCUUCCUUGAGCCUGUUUGAGUCUUAGAUGUAUUGGAAGGUCGUGGCAUCCUGUCUGGCAGGGAACAGACAGACACACGAUGAAAGAGAACAGUCGUGUUUUUGCAAAUCGUCUCUCGAAAGGAGGCCGGUCGGGUAUCGGGCUGGGCGGGAGGGUCUAGAGGGAAUGUCGCCAUCCGCGCGUCCCCCGCCCCAGCGGCUGGGAGCCCACCCACCCGUUACUUCUGCGUGGGUCCAAUCUAAAGGGAUUUAAAACCUCACACGUUUUUCAGUUGACAUCUAAAGUAUUUUUAUCCUUAGUUCUAAUAGUUACAAGGACGCAAAUCCCAACACAGGACGUUUUAAAAAGCAAAAUGGUCACAACAAAAAAUUUUAAAGAAACGUUGGAAUAUUUGUAAAGUUCUUGACCUGUUACACAUUUUCCAAAACAUUUUUUAUUGAGAUACAGUUGACACGAUCACAUCAAUCUUUUCAAGGUAUCUAUUGAAAUAGCAAUUCAGUACUAUAAUCAAUUCAUAAAACACAUGAUCAAAUUCUUCGUUAACACUGAGAUGGUCUAGAUGAUCCUUUUUUUUCUCCCUGAACUCAUUCCCAUUGCACCUCACAGUUUUCCAUCCAAAUGUAAGAUAUGUUUUUAAUUGUUUUACCUACUACGUUUCCUUAUCCAAAAAAAUAAAUAAAUAAAAGGUAUGUAAAUUGAAACUUAAAAAUACUUAAAAAAUCACCUGGGCAGUACGCAAUGGAUGAAAACAAGUUUUGGUACAUGGUUAUCAAAGAUAGAUAAUUGUAAGUAAUUCUCGAACAAUCAGAAUUUAAUUUGGGUGAAACCUACGUCAUUGAGUGAGAUUGGUGGUGACGCUCCCUGCAUUAUUGGUUCAGUUUAUGCCUCGAUCGGCACAUAGAGUAUUGUUAUGGUUAAAGUGAUAUCGGUGUGCAUCCUUGCUUUCCCUUUACUAUGCUCUGAACCAAUAUUUACAGACAAAACAAAACAAAAACACCCCCCAAAAAACCCCAUAGUGACAGAAAUUUUGUCAUGGCUAUUUUACUCCAUUCUUUCACUCCUAGUUAUCAUCCCGAAAUUUGAAAACGGGUGAGGUAUCAUCAAAAUCAACACCUUUAAUCUUAAGAGAUGUCUGAUUCAUAUUGAACACUACAGGAUCCAGCCCUCCACUAUGAAGCAGGGGCCUCCUGAUUGGGUCUGAGCCCUCAGCCCACUACCCAGGUAGAUUAGGAGUCAGUAUGUUCAUGAGCACCUCUGGCAACAGGAAACUAGUCUCCCAGACCCACGUGAUUCUCUGCCUGAAUAAUGAGCUUAAGACAGGUUUAAUGAAAUGAAACUCGUCUCCACCAGUGUGUGAAAUUGCUAGCAGUAGGCAACAAAAAUAAAAUCAAGAAGCAAAAUAAACAGAAAUCCCAAAUA